CUGGCUGAGUCUGUGCCUACAGGUCGUUGCUCAAUGAUUUACCUAACUCCUAAUAUCUCCAAGGAAAUAUUUGCAGUGGAAGUCACCAGAAACAAGACCUUGUUUGUUUUGCUCCCCACCAAUUAUUUUGGAUGUCCCAAAUGACAUCACCUGCCUUUUUCCUGCUGUGAAGCUCUAUAUAUGAAUAUCCUGGAUCCCAGUGAUCUUCAGAAGACAGGGACGCUGACUGGAGAGAGAGAUUGGUCAGUUAUCAGGACCAAAGAUGUCGGUGUUGUGGACUCUUGUCCUCCUAAACAGCCUGCUGAUCCCUUCACAAGGACUUGGACUCCUGUCCUUGGCUGACAGAGCAGAUAUGAAUGGUUUUAGAGAUACUCCAGCCAAAGGUGUUCCCCAGAGACCUCCAAGUGGUCUCCUUGGUGGCAAUCUACUCGGCGGAGUCGUUGGAGGUCUUCUGGGCAAAGACGGUCCUGUUGGCAGUCUCCUUGGCAAAGAUGGUGCUGUUGGCAGUCUUCUUGGAAAAGAUGGAGUUGUUGGCAGUCUCCUUGGAAAAGAUGGAGCUGUUGGCAGUCUCCUUGGCAAAGAUGGAGCUGUUGGCAGUCUCCUUGGCAAAGAUGGAGCUGUUGGUAGUCUCCUUGGCAAAGAUGGAGCUGUUGGUAGUCUCCUUGGCAAAGAUGGAGCUGUUGGUAGUCUUCUGGGUGGAGAUGGUCUCCUUGGCGGCCUCCUUGGAGGAGAUGGUCCUGUUGGAGGUCUCCUUGGUGGAGAUGGUCUCCUUGGUGGCCUCCUUGGAGGAAAUGGUCUCCUUGAUGGAGAUGGUCUCCUAGGUGGUCUCCUUGGCCAAGACAGCGUAGUUGGUGGUCUCCUUGGCCAAGAUGGUAUCCUCGGUGGUGUCCUUGGCAAAGGUGGUGUCAUCGAUGGUCUCCUUGGCAAAGAUGGCCUUGUUGAUACCCUGCUUGACACCGUCCUUGAGCUUCUCAUUGGCAAAAACGGUCUGCUUGGCAAGAACGGUCUCGUUGGCAGCCUUCUUGGUAGAAAUGGUGAAGAACUCAUGGGACUGAGAAUUUUGAACAACACCCUCCCCAAAAUCAGUCUGCGCUCCCUGCCAGGCUUUGGGCAUCAGAUAGACUUCAACACACAGCUGCUGGUAGAGAGCAGCGUGCCGGGCCAGCCGCUCUGUGAGCAGGUGGAGGUAGACGCGACCAUGGUGGUCCAGGACACGUGGACAGCUCACCAGAACGCUCUGAACUGCAAGACUGUUGACAUAAACACCUAUGUGAGACCCAGAGUGCCAGUUCUGGAGGAGCCUUUGAAACGCCUCCUUAGCAAUGUCCUGCAGGAUCUGGGCUGCAAUGUCAUCAACGCCAAGCUCAAGGUGUUGAGCUCCCUGCUCGGCUCCAGGAACCAGGUGCUCCCACUCGGGGCUCUGGGGGACCUGCCCUCCUUCUCCAUCCUCAGUGGUGACGCCAUCCAGAUGGAUCUGAAUCUCCUCUCUGAGAAUGCCAGGGCUGGCAUGAUGACCCCCAUGCAGGGACUGCCACUCACUGCCAGCCUGAAGUUGGUCACUGGCCGCCCGCCCCGGCUCAGCCUCUCCCAGGACACCCUCAGCGCCCUGCUGGAGCAGGUCCAGGGGCAGGGAGACCUCAACCUCAGCAUCACCAGCUUGAUGGGUAGCAAUUCCCCUCUGCAAGGCCAGGUGACCCACAGCAACUCGCUGACCAUGUCUGCCCUCUUCCCCGUCAUCCCUCAGCUCACCCGGGUCCUCCCUGGCUCUCUGCCACUGGAGCUGCACGUCCGAGUAAGCAAAGAGCCAGUGGUGACUGUGAGGGAUGGAAGAGCCACUGUCACCCUCAAAGCCACUAUUGACGUUGCCAGCCCUGCCCUACAGACUGCCCAGGGGGUCCUGUUCUCUGUCGAUGUGGACAUCGUUCUGAGCAUCACCCCAUCAGUCUCUGAUGGCAAACUGCAAACCUCCCUGGCUCUUGACAGCAUCAACCUGACACGGUUCCCCCCAAGUCUUGACGCUUCCACCGCCUCCUCGUUUGCAGAAUGGCUCAAGAAGGUCCUCACAGCUGUAUAUGUGCCUUCUGUUAGAGAUGCCUUCCAUGUGUCUGUCCCACUGCCCAACGUCCUCAACAUCAACCUUGGGAAUGCUGAAGUCGACAUCACUGAUGUGGACGAGUUUUCUGGCCAGACCACUCUAGGAAAUUCCUGCUCGAGAGGAGCCUCGAUGCUGCUCCCUUUCUGAGGCAGCACAUGCACCCCAAGCCCUGCUCUGCUCCACCCUCUCCCUCUUCCCUUCUCUGAAGUGCUGCCCUGGGCUGUGGCUGUGCCCUGAGCAGGACAGGCAGCAGCUCUGGCCAGCAGGGUGGGAAAGCUGCUCAGCUGAUGGAUGUUUGGGGGUUCCUGUGGCCACUUUUAACAUCCAUAGCCAGGAA